AGAGCGAGCGAGAGAGCCGGCGAGAGAGGGAGGGAGAAAAGGAAAGGAGAGAAGAGGGGAGGGGUGGGGGUGAGAGGUAAAUAGUCUUAAAUCGGAAGGGAGCUGCUUCUCUGUGGUCUUGACAAGCGCUGCCUGGGCUCCGCUGGCUCAGUAAUAACUGAGUGACCUUUUCUUUGGCUGUAUUAUGUCUGGCUGGUAAGGGAUUGCAUUUUGCAGCUGAGAGCCGGGGCUUCCUUCAGCUCGGCGCCUCACACGCUGCUGGGGUAAGUUGUCUUGAGCCAGGACUGAGAGAGAGACAGCCUCGGACGGCAGUUGCCUAAAAGGAGGACACCUGUGGCUCAGAUGCGGUCAACACCAUUACUUGGCGGAUCCUUGAGGACCUCAUUAUUUUAAACUUAAAAAAUAGCGAUUCCCUCCCCCCUCCGUUUUUUCCCCCCCAAACAAUGCUUCUUUUUGACCUUUCCCAAGGAGAAGCGCUACAAAGCAGCCACUGUGCUUACUGAACGGCCUCCCCCUGUAUCGCUUAAUUGAGAAGGUAUACAAAUGCUCUCAGUCCAGCCAGACACCAAGCCGAAAGGUUGUGCUGGCUGCAACCGAAAGAUCAAGGACCGGUAUCUUCUAAAGGCACUGGACAAAUACUGGCAUGAAGACUGUCUGAAGUGUGCCUGCUGUGACUGUCGUUUGGGAGAGGUGGGCUCCACCCUGUACACUAAAGCUAAUCUUAUCCUUUGUCGCAGAGACUAUCUGAGGCUCUUCGGUGUAACAGGAAACUGUGCUGCCUGUAGUAAGCUCAUCCCUGCCUUUGAGAUGGUGAUGCGUGCCAAGGACAAUGUUUACCACCUGGACUGCUUUGCGUGUCAGCUUUGUAAUCAGAGAUUUUGUGUUGGAGACAAAUUUUUCCUAAAGAAUAACAUGAUCCUUUGCCAGACAGACUACGAGGAGGGUUUAAUGAAAGAAGGCUAUGCACCCCAGCCCUGAAGUCACUUAGCUUGUUAUCUGAUGCCUCCAGUAGGACACCUCCAAUGGAGCUUUGAUUUCUCAAGAAUCGAAAGCUCCAUUCCUAACAUGCAUCACAUGUAGACUGCCUACGAUGAAGGACCCGGCCCCUCCACUCCACCAGAGUGCUGGCUGAGUUUAAAAGCUGACCUGUGUUUGUAAUUUCACUUUCAUCUUGCUUAAUAAAUAUCUGCUGGAUUCUUUCAUUUGUUUUUUAUAUUUGGAUUUAUGUUUUUAAUAAAAGGGGUAUUACACUGUUUCAUUGCACUUAAUUGGCAGAAUAUAAGGUGAUAUCUACAAAGCAUAAAUUAAAAUACAUUAAGUUCAUGAAAAAGGAUAAAACGUGUGUAAGAAUAUUUACUUUCUAAAGGUAAAUCAUAACAAGCAUAGACUACUUCAAAUGCUUUCUCCAAAUGUUGUAUUUAGCAUGUCUGAGCUCCAGAUAGUUUACGAUUUGCUUUUGUGAGGGUGGAAAAAAUGUCAAAAAUGAAGGUAGCAAUUGCUGGGUGUAAUUGUAUACAUUUAUGUAAAUUUUAAGUGAUCUUUCUGAAAGCAACUGUGUUGCUAUUGUCAGACAAAAUUUCAAAUUUCCUAUUUCCUGUUUAAUGAAUUAGAACACAAAAAUUCAGCUAAAUUGUACAUUUUCAAGGAAGAAAGGUGUGCCUUAACUGUAACAGGGUGCUGAAAAUUAUAUCUGUAAGUAAAACAUACCAUUCACAAGUGGUUUCCUUUUAACUAUCACUUCAGGCAAACCACUCUGUGAAUAUUCACUUAAACAAUUUCAUAGAAAUGAUACAGGCCAAACAUGUUUAGUAUUCACUUCAGUAAAUUACCAAAACAAUCUGCAUGUUUAUUGUAAUAGCCCAUUAACACAGAAUACAAUCUUAGCAAAAGCUUUUUCCAUUAUUACUUUUUCUUAAAAACGCCAUUAUAAAUAUUUUUUAAAAUAUGAUUUAAUGCAAUUUAAGGUAAUAGGAAGCAAAGGUUUAAUAUAGCUGUUAUUUCAGUUGACAUUUA